GAGAACCUUAUUCAUGCUGUCGCUAUUUACACAGUGGUCUGGGAUAUUAUAUACCGUCGUCUGAGACGAGACGGUAAGAUACCGGGCAGGUGACAACCUUACACAAGCGGCGAUUUCUGAUUGGAUAAUCUCUCCGCCAAUCAAGGCUCGUUUUUCUCCACGGAACAGGAGGAGAAUUUGUGGCUACGCCCACCAUCACUUUGCAGCUGUCAGUCAAGUGACGUCAACGUUCGCUCUGCAGGUGCAGGGAUAGAGCUGCAGCGUUGGUGCAAUAGAAGCUGAGGAAAAUACACAGGGAGACAGAAGAAAGAUGGCAUCAGCUACAGACUCUCGUUAUGGACAGAAAGAAUCCUCCGACCAGAACUUUGAUUAUAUGUUCAAGAUCUUAAUUAUCGGAAACAGCAGCGUGGGCAAAACCUCCUUUCUUUUCCGGUAUGCAGAUGACUCUUUCACCCCAGCUUUUGUCAGCACAGUUGGAAUCGACUUUAAAGUGAAAACCAUUUACAGAAAUGACAAAAGGAUCAAACUGCAGAUCUGGGACACAGCAGGACAGGAGAGAUACAGGACGAUCACUACAGCUUACUACAGAGGGGCCAUGGGCUUCAUACUCAUGUAUGAUAUCACCAAUGAGGAGUCAUUCAAUGCCGUCCAGGACUGGUCAACUCAGAUCAAGACGUAUUCCUGGGACAAUGCACAAGUCCUCUUGGUUGGGAACAAAUGUGACAUGGAGGAUGAGAGGGUGGUAUCCUCUGAGCGAGGAAGGCAGCUGGCAGAACAUCUAGGUUUUGAGUUUUUCGAAGCCAGUGCGAAAGACAAUAUCAACGUGAAGCAGACAUUUGAGCGUUUGGUGGACAUCAUCUGCGAAAAGAUGUCAGAGAGCUUGGACACUGCUGAUCCAGCUGUCACUGGAGCCAAACAAGGACCCCAGCUCACCGACCAGCAGGUCCCUCCACACCAGGACUGUGCCUGCUAAAUACAGAAAAAAAACUCCCCCCUUACACACACAAACACUAUUCUUCCCACUCAUCCCUACCUCCUGUAGAGUGGUGGUCUCUCCCUCACUGACCUUGAAUCCUGCAUAUCAUCUGAAGAUGACUCUUUGUCUGUUACAAACUUUUUAGUUAGAAUCUAUGUAGCAAAGAAAGAGUUCCGAUUGAGUGGUUGAUGAAAAAAAGUGAAAAAAAAAGUUAAAUAUAUAUAUAAAUUAAUAAUGUUAUAGUGCUGAGUGGGUACAGCACAUAAAUGGUUGGAGAACUGUUUUACAGCACUAUUAUGCUUUUUGUAUAAUAAUAGUGAUUACUUGAGUUGUUUAAAACAUAUAAAAAUAUUAUUUGGAGACGGCAUUGUUUAAUGUGUGGUGAUGCCUCAUAAUUUCUUAAUUUAUUAUUAAGACUUCACAUUAUCAACCUCCUUGUUUCAAAAGUGAUCUAAUUUAGGCAUCAGCAAUGCAGAGCUUCCCCUGAAGAUUGUUCUGGGUCUACAUAAGGAUAUUUGUUUAUGGGUAGACUGGAUUAGUACAGAGAUUAUGUUGCACAAACCAGCGCUCAAAUGUGUAUGGAAAAUAUAAAUUGCCUGAGAGAUCAGUAACAAAAUUAAGCUAUUGAGGUUUCAGUUUUCAGCCAAGGUCACAUCAGGAACCAAAUAAAUAUUGUUACUAUUUUCUUAAGGAAACAUGUUAAGGUUUACAACUAUAUAUGGAAAGGUUUGUUUAUAUAUUAUGCAACAUUUACAGUUAAUGGGAUUAAGGAACAUCCCAAAGAGCAAGAAGGGCAUUGCUAUGCAUUGGAGAUCUUACUGGCACUGCACAAUAUUACUUAGAGACCUACUAUAAAAAGGCACAUAUAAGAAAUAUGUGAUAAAUACUGGGGUAUAUUAAAGGCCUCCCUUUUACUCAUAUGACAAUAGGCUACAUGUAUUUUAUAUAUCUACUUACUCUCAACCUCACAUUUAUGACAACCUCAUAUUUAUGACAGCCUCACUAGAAGCUGUGCUCAGUAUUAAUAAUGGUCAUCACCCACAUUAUUGCAUAUUACUGCCUAAAAUGAUCCUAACAAAAAAUGGAAAGUCCAUUAAAUGUGUCUCUGAAUGAUACAUCUAAGAAACAACUACAUGUUGUAACCAGAUUUUCCAAACAUUUCUAUGACUUACCCACCAGAUAUCCAAUAAUUUUGUCCGCAUGAAAAUGAAUGUUCUUUAAAGCAUUAUUUUGUUUUUCUUUUUAUGGAGUUUAAACACUACCAUAUUGUGACUCUCUCCACUUUUUGUGUUCGGAUUAUUUAUAUAAUUAUAUAUACAGUAUAUAUUUUAUUAUACCUUGUUUUCUUGUGUAUGAAUCUGCAAUCUGUAUGUGAGAAUUAUAAAUAUAUUAUUGGAGUGCAGUUCCAGCUGCGUCUAUAGUAGUUCACUGGCCAGUAAUCAGCCAUUUUAAUGUCCUGGAAUUAGGAGGGGAUAAAUCUUAUUAUUUAAAUAAAUAUUCUAAUAUAAAUUAUGAUCUUCUAGAGUAUAUAGAGUCAUAUAAAUAUAUAGCAAAUUGUAUGUGAAUAUAGGCUUUUUAAAACUGCAUUAAGUUGAGUGCUGUGAAUUUCCUAUGCGAUUUUGUUGGAGUAGAUAGAAUAAAAUAUGUGAAAAUAUA